AUGAAAGGUAACGAAAUUUUUGAAAGAAUAAAAAAAAGCUUUAAAAUAAGGGUGGAGGAUUUUAGGCAGGGUAGACAAAGCUGGAGGCUAAAGGAAUGGCAUCAUUUUCAGUCUUCUAUAUAUUUACUUUAUGGAGUGGGAGCACUCAUUUUUGUAAGAUUUAUAGCCAACUCAAACCCAAAUAAUAACUAUUAUGAUCAUUUUGUGAACGACCCCAACGAUCCAGGAAGUUCAUUCACUCAUUGUGGGAUUACUCCAAUGUUUAACAUGAUCCCAAUUCCAGGAUCUUAUAUAUUAUUAAUAUAUUCAAUUUAUUCCCUUUCAAUAAUAAGUUUGGCAAUCUCGUUAUUAUCAUUUAUUUUGGGAUUCAGUUUUAAGUUUUUCAGCAGAAUACCAAGAAGCUACUUUUUCUCCCCGUCAAAAAGAACAAGAGUAUUGGGUUUUUGUUGCAAGAUAUUACCAAUCAUCAUUCGUGUUUUGAAUUUGUUCUUUAUUCUACUUUUGAUUGUGCCAUUUGUAUAUAUCACAACCAGUGGAGCUUGUUAUAGAAGGCUAGUCAGGUUUGAAAGAAAUAAAGUACAGAAUUGCAGAAUAUGGGUUAAUAAAUGUGCAAAAGAUUAUCGAAUUUUUGGAAGGCAUUUAGAAUGUAGUUUGAGAAAAAACUUUAAACAUUUUCCAACAGAAAUUGUUGAAGAUCCUACAAUUGGUGAAAACCUCGAUAUAAUUAUUGGAGGUCCAAUGCCUUUGUUAUGUCCUAUGUGCAAUGAAGUAAGAAUGGAUCCUAAAUCACCUUUAUAUAAAGGAGAAGCGUAUGUUGAGCAACUCAAGUCAUCUAUUUCUAAAAUGGAAGCAAUCAAUAUUAAAGAUAGAUCUUUAUAUCAAGUAGAAGCUUUAUCACUUAUACAGUUGAGUAAUCACAUAUCCACAAGUUCUGAAAUUGUUACAAAUAUAUAUACUAUCCAAGAAUACAAAGAAAUGAUUAAGCCUAUUAUGUUUACUAAUAUUUCCCCAUUAAUGCAAAAGAUUAUUAAUCGUCAGAAUUUGUAUAGUUAUUUUCAAUAUUUACCAUUAUCACUAUUACAACUAAAGGCUAUUAAAAGUAAAACUAACAAGAAAGAAUAUAGUGAUGACUUGGUAUCUUUAGAAGAACCUAUUAAUAUUGAUUUGAAUUCUGAAUAUAUUAAAGAUUAUGAUCAUAAUAGACCUUCCGUACAACUCCCUUCAAAAGUUAGCAUUCCAUCCAAAUUUAAGUCAAUUGUUGAAAAAUAUGCAGCUGCUCUUUCAUCCCAAGUAAAUGGGGAUACUUUAUUUAGUGAAGAAGUUACUCAAAAGAAAGAUGUCUUUUCAAAAAAUAAUCCUACAAAAAAUCAUCAUAAAGAGGUUGAUAAAGCAACUUUAAAUAAUUCAUUUAAAAGUACGUUUCACUUCAGUGGUGAUUCAGAAGCUACACCACUAACUGUCGAACAAAGUAUCGAUUUAAACAGGGAAUUUGAGGCAGCAAGAUACCAAAUACAAGUUACUAUGCACGAAGGAAGUAACUUUUCAAGAUCAAUUUUCGUAUUCCUACUCAUUUCUCUAAUAUUUUGGGCACUAACUCGCUUCUUUUCCUUUGUUAUCUUCGAUACUGCCAGAGAUGAGGCCUGUUUUUACGUCCCUAAUUCAAAAAGAACACUCAUUUGGUCCAAGUUACGUACAUUCUUGGAUGUAUUAAGCUAA